UGCUGUAUACUACAUGUUUGUUGUUGACAUGACAAGCAGUGCUUGUACGUGUACUGUAUCGUGUGAGCUGAGUCUAAUCUAGAAUCUAGUGAGGCUGUUACAAAUGAGAAGAGCGAAGGAGCACCAAAAUUACAUCUAUUAAGACCAGCGAUACACAAAUUGAAGAUGGGUUUUGAUGAUGCUAUGAAAGCUGUAGGAGAGUUUGGUUACACUCAGAAAAUACAACAAGUGAUCUUGAACUCGAUCCAGCUGUUUGGUGCGAUGCACAUGUUAUCCCUAGUGUUUGUAGGACGAGAGCCGACCACGGUGAUGUGUGGAGAUGAGCUGUCAGUCUAUGAUGAUGUAUGUCACAUGAAACCACCCUGUGACGAUUACAAGUAUGGUGAUGAGUUUACUUCAAUCGCUACAGAGUGGGACCUUGUUUGUGAGAAGAGCCACAAGGUUGGGUUAGCUCAAAGCAUCUUCAUGGCCGGAGUACUGUUUGGGAACGUCCAUUUUGGGUCAUUCUCUGACCACUAUGGCCGCUUAAGAAUGACCUUGAUAGGUCUAGCAUUGUUGAGUGUCCUAGGGACACUCAGUGCCAUGGUCUGGACAUUUGAACAAUUUCUGGUUUUCAGAUUCUUAGUAGGUUACGGUGCAGGAGGAGUGAUUCUAUCUGUAUUUGUUCUACAAACAGAGAAUCUCAGCUCACAUCAUAGAGCACUCUCAGCUACUUGUUGUCCAUCUACAUUUGCUCUUGGUGUUAUGCUGUAUGCACUGAUGGCCUAUUUUGUCCGAGACUGGAGGAACUUGCUUCUUCUCUCCUCUCUGCCUGUUGGAGCAUACCUCCUUAUCUACUUUGUGAUUCCUGAAUCGCCUCGUUGGCUGAUAUCUAAAGGUCGUAUCAGUGAGGCUGAAGACAUCUUACAUGAGAUAGGAAGAAAGAAUGGGAUGAAAGUUACCCGCUCUAUGAUCAACUUGUCUGAAACUAAGACUACUCCUAAGACUGAUAAAUAUGGUUUAUUGGAUUGCUUCAAGACACCUGUACUCAGAAUGAGAAUGAUGAUUCUUAUCUGCUCUUGGUUUACUGCUAGUAUGGUGUACUAUGGCCUGACAAUGAAUGCCGGUAAUCUAGGUAGUAAUGUAUACAUCAGCUUUGCUCUCUCUGGUUUGGUGGAGUUACCUGCGUAUCUCUUCGGCUUCUUAGUACUUAAUAGGACUGGUCGAAGGAAAGCGAUGGCAGCUUCUAUGUUUGUAGGGGGUGUGUCCUGUUUGAGUUUGUUAUUAAUAUCGAAGGAAGAUGAAACCAGGGUGAAGAUCAGAACAGCUCUGGCUCUGAUUGGUAAAAUGGGUAUAUCAUCUGCUUUCAAUAUCGUCUACAUUUACUCAUCAGAACUAUUACCAACAGUAUUAAGGAACAGCGGGAUGGGAAUAUGUUCAAUGGCAGCUAGGAUAGGAGGUGUGGUAGCCCCUCAGAUCAUUCCUAUGGGUGAUAGAACAACAUUUUUGAUAUUUGGAGGAACAGCGUUAGCCUGCGCCAUCUUCGAUCUUGGAUUGCCAGAGACACUCAAUAAACCUCUACCUGAAAGCAUUGAUGAUGUAGAGCGUGACGCAGCAAUCACAGAUAAACAGGAGAAAUAUUCUAGUAAAGGCUACUAACCUCUAGACUAUGAAGCAUUAUCAUGACAAAGAGAGUAAAACAACACGCUGUUGGCCAAAUAGUAUUGUCUAGCAAGUGCAAUAAAGAGACCCUACUUCGACAUAUUUACGACGCGUGUGCUCCCCAAGAAAGCUGCCAUUUUUAAGAAAUUUCCCUUCAAAACUUCUGGGUUGUGACGUAUCGCAAGGAGAACUGAUGUAGAGCGCAGCGCGCCCGUUAUAUGCAAUACAAGUCAAACAUGGUGUACUGCCAAGUGUUUGGUUGUAAUUGUUCCUCGAAAACUCUUAAGGUGGAGAAAUUUCCGGACAAAACAUACAAGUACGACAGGAAAAACGACAGAAGAAGGAUUUUGCCUCCCUUUUGUUAAAUGUAUGAUGCUUUUAUAUAUUUGUUUAGAUAAUGUAUUAAAUGGCCUACAAACUGAAAUGAACAUGUAGUUUGAGGUUAAUUUCCAUUUAAGGGAGGAAGAGGUAGGUCAGCAUGAAACACACACCACUCAGUAUUUCCAUAAUCAUAAAUAACUGCAAUACUGUAACUGUAAAUACUAAUAUAUUACAUACAUAUAUAUAUAUAUAUAAAUAUCCACAUACCGGUAUAGAUCAGACAUAACGGGAAAGUGGAAUUAUUGAUGGAAAAUUGAUCUUAAAGACACUGUUGGUAGUAUAAAAAAAAAGAAAUAGAUUAAUUAUUUAUGAACAGACAUCAUAUCAGCCAUAUAUUACAAUACUAUCAAUAGCAUAUAUAUAUAUA